ACUCUGGUUUGUAAGCCAGUUUCAUGAAUCGUGCGAUAUUCCCACCCGUUUGGAACACUUGUUCAACGGACAUCCAACGAAAGAACCCGUGUCUCUUAUCCCGCACGGAUGUCGGACAGCGAUGAUCCGGAGACGUUUAGCGUUACUCCCAGUCUCCGCAAUGGUCUCAAUGGACCCAUUACUAAUCGAGGAAGCAUCUAGAGUCUUCAACCGGGUCGAUCUGAGGGGGUGAAACUGGAAAGGUCCAUUAGUAAAGCAAGCGGUGUAGACAGUGGAGAAGGAUUGAGGUUCUCUUGAAACGGGGAGAGGAAGAGAUAUAUAUACCCCGUAGACAUCGCCUCUCGGACUGUCCGGACAGACAAGCUUCAUCACGCAAUACACUACUAUACCCAAUUCACUCUCCAUCACCACCAACGAGGUUUCACUGCCCAUCAUGAGCUACACACUCUACGACGCCGCCAUCCUCCACACCAAGGAAGCCCUCAACUCCUUGUCCUCCAUCCUCAAGAAAGCCGAGUCCCACGCCAACGCCGCGUCCUUCACCACCGCCAAACUGGCCCCUGACAUGCUGGACCUGAGCUUCCAGGUCCACUUCACCACCGACACAGCGCAAAAGAUCGUCGCGCGCACAACCGGCACCGAGCCGCUGACCCUGUCCCGCGACGAGUGCACUACAUUUGAGCAGUACCACAAGAGAAUCGCGCAGGUUCUCGAGGUUGUGGAGAAGGCUGAUAGGGAACUUGUUGAGAAGCGUGGUGCGGAGGUUGUUACUAUUGGGCUGGGGCCGGGGAAGAGUGCGGAUAUGAAGGUUAGGGAUUAUGUGCAGGGAUAUGGAAUUCCUAAUGUCUUCUUUCACUUGACGACUGCGUAUGCGAUUUUGAGGAAGGAGGGUGUUGAGUUGGGGAAGCAGGAUUAUAUCGGUGCCUUCAUGAACCAGUACUUUUAAGCUCUGAUAGAGGUUGAGCUGGUGGAUUGGGAUUAAUAAAAUGUGAUUUGACGUUGACUGAGGGUAUAUGACGGAUAGUGAGCGUCUAUUGAAAGUGACCAAGAUCUAAACAUUUAAAUCACCUAACUUGAGGAUGAGUGCGUGUUGAACUUGAGAUAUUUUGACAUUAUUAUAAGUUUUUUGAUGCUCUUAAGCUUCGAGUGUUGAUGAGCCCUUGAUUGGUUCAUGCUAAGUUCAGGGUAGCUGUAGUUGUAGCUGAAACUGUAGUCAACAAGCUGUCACACAAGAGCAGAUCCA